UCAGCGCACGUCAAUCCAGGGGCGCUAUAAAACCAACAGCGAGCUAGCUCGGUUCUGUGUUUUGGGAAAGGUGCCGACAAGAAACGCCGAAUCCCGCCGAAAGAAUCUUUGGAAACCAGAGCUCUACUAACAGAAGUCACCAUGAACUUGUUUGUCGUUUUGAGCAUUUUUUGCUUGAUUCAGGUUGCUUACUGCAAGUCAUGUGGAGGGAACCAAGACUGCGGACCUGACGAGUGCUGUGCUGCUGCCCCUUAUGCUCCUCGUCACCGUGAAGGCCUCCACCGCGGAGAGUGUACCCCGCUGGCCGACCUCGGGGACACAUGCGCCAUGCCGAGCGACCGAUUGCAACACCGACCCCUGGUUUGUCCUUGUGCUGAAGGACUGGAGUGUAUUGGCCGCAGGCCUUCAAAGGGACAGCCGACAUUCCUUGCCCUUCUAUACCCCACGGGGAAGUGCGUGGACCCGAAUGCGUGCUCCAGUAACCUCGACUGUGAUGAGAACGAAUGCUGCGCCAUUGUUGGCACUGGAUUCAAUCCACCGAAACGGUGUCUUCCUCUAGGAGGAGAAGGUGAAAGGUGCGCCGCCUCGUACAACCCAGAGCGCCCCCUAGGGUGCCCCUGUGCUGAGGGGUUAACAUGUGAAGUGACCGCAGGGGGGCAGAAGACCUUCUUGUCCAUCCUUCACCCCACCGGUAGAUGUCGCCAGGCGUAAACUUUGACAGCUUUUCAUGAUCUGUUUGAUCAUUUUUAAAUGUAGACCUCUCGUAGGUGUCAACUUACACGAAUUUUGUUGACAUUUUAUGGACAUUAUGAAUAAAUAUAUUGUCCUCAUCCCACGCACUCGAUCCAGUUUUACCGUUUUUUCCCUUCGUUUCUGUCAGUACUGGAUGCUGUAGACUAAACCAUUUGCAGCUUCUGUAUCACGAUAUUCAACCAUACUUUAUAUGAUUAUAGUUAUGAUAAUAAUAGUUUAAAUUUUAAAUAGGAUAAACAAUAAAAAUAGGAAGAACCUACGGAGGAAUUACUUACUGGUAUAGGUGUAUGAACGUCUUUUACACGUGGCAGUCCUCACCACAGCUGAUCUGCUGUGGUACAGUAUUAGUACAGGGGCCCUCGUAGUCCAGAUACAUGCGAGUAGUGGGGUUCUGGGUAUUUUCAUUCCUUUCAGCGCAGUAGGGCCACCCCCAGGGGGGUUUGGCUACCGUUUGGGCGUGGUGGUCAAGAGGGAAU